GUGAGGAAGCUGCUGACUGAAAACAGGUGAGUUACCUGAGCUCUUUACUCUCUGAAUGCUUCAUUAACACGACACAUUCAGAGCUACAUGUUGUCACUGUGAGUAGAAGAAGAGCAGUGGAUGCUUUUAGAGUUUGUAAGUUUCCAUCCUGCUGCAUUUUUCUCCACUUCAAUUCUGACAACCACACAGAUGAUCAGAUCUUCAUGAAGCAGACUGUCCACCUGCAACAUAAACAUGGAUAAAGGACUCAGGCGUGAAAAGAUGUCUCAAGUGUUGAAGACAGAGCAUCUUUCUCCGAGACGAGCAGCUCUGGACCACCGGUGGGACUCUGUGGAGUCCGACACAGAGAGUUUGGCACACGAGAGAGUUUACCAGCAGCAGCUACAAAUGCGUAUCGGCCGCCACGACCAAAACAAACCCAUACUGCCUCAGAAGGAGAAUGCUGACAGCUUGCAGCAGAGAGAUGGAGAGGAUGAAGAUGCAACUGAUGAAGAAAUUGAAGAUCAUCAGAUUUAUGAUAGUCUUGAUGUAGCAGCACACCCCCAUGGCAAAAGGAAGCCCAUCCUGUUAAAGACAGACUAUUUGGAUGUACAAAUGGAUGACAGAGAAGGAACAAGCCAGCUGCUCACUGACGAUGCCUACGAUGACCUCCGCUAUGACCCCAACUGGAGGACCAACCUGAGGGGAGCUGGCAGCUUCAUCGAGAGUCCACAGGUUUAUUAUUACCAAGUCCCUAAAGAGAAAUCCAGUCCGUCAUACGAUGACAAACAAGGACUCAUAAUAAAAGGAGGAUACAGAUACAUCGUCGACACAAGUCCAGCUGUUGUGGUGACUCCUCAUGUGGCCGGCGAGGAGUCUGACCAGCCGUACCGCCUACACUCACAAGAGGGUCAGACCAGCUCAAUAACAUCUCGCCACUGCCACAGCCACGCUUUACAGCUUACAUCACCUGAGGCUGAGUCAUCCAGCAUGUUCAAUGAAAAUGAAAGUGACAAAAGUUUGAAAAGAUCCAGAAAGAAGCGUGGAGAUAGUUGUGACAGUGCAGGGGAAAAUAUCAGCAGGUCUCCUGAGCUGACCGGUGAUAUACAUGCUAUGUACAUCCAAGAAUGUAAGAACGACUACCUGCAAGAACUGAGACGCACGCAAGGAGGACAAAUGAGCACAUCCACACCUCCCAAGGUUUUAGUCAACAAAAAGCUAGAAAGACCGACAGAGGACAUAGUGGAACGCAACAAAAUAACCCUGGGGCGCAACGCAUGCAAGUGUGGCUCCUAUGCGAGCGUUCAUGCACUUAAGCAGGAGACGCCUCAUAAUGUCAAUAAGGUGCAUGCAGCUCUUAAGGAGACGGCCAGUGCAGAAAGUCAAGAGGACGGUUCAGACCCCGAGCUGAAAACACAACAGUUGAGGGUCACCCAGAUCAGAGACGGGAAGAAAGCCCAGCGGAAAGAAUACCCCAACCCCCCCGAACAGGAGCAGCAGCAGCAGCAGCCCCCUGCUCUGGGGGUCAAAGCUGAGUGGGGAGACUGUCUGAGCUCCCCAUUUGCAAGACCGGCCGCCGUUGCUCAGCCAAACCCCCAGAAGACAACUUCAUCGCAGGCUUUGCUCCCCACCAUCCACCUCAGCAUCAACCUCAACCCUUCAUCCCACGUCCUUCCAUUAAUCCAGCAGAGGGGCCAGGAUGACAUCAUCCAUUUAGCAUCUCCUCCUGGUUGUCCUCAUUGGAGCCCCGCGUCUGAAGUUCAACUUCGCUUGUCCCCCGGAUGUCAACAAACAAAUUCAGGAAAGUCCUCCCAGACAUCUCAGAAAGGGCUAGACGCACAUCUUCACCAUCAAAACCUGGAGAGUAGUCCCGAACGCCCCGAACGCUGGCAAAGGUCACCCACCAGCACGUCGUCACUGGGCUCGGGCUCCUACACAGUCGUGCCGCCUAUAGGAAAGUCACUGACAGGAAAGGAGCCUGAGCCGAGCCCCGGUGUGAACACAGACUGCCCCGUCCAGAGCAGCAGCAGCUCGGACGGAUACCUGGCUCAGAUGGAGAAACAGAAGCAGCUGAGGGCGAACGUCACUUACAAGGCAUAUGGUCUUAAAGACUACAAGCAGCUGAAGCCAGAUACAAAUCUUGGAGGCCUGGGUGCUGACUACACAGCCACUGAAAAGACAGCUGAGAAAAUCAAACGACAGAAGCUGUAUUCAAAUGUGAUCCGCGAGCAGAACAAAAAGAUAAGUAGGAUUCCCUUUCUGCUGGCCAAGGAUCCGGAAGGGGAUGACAAGAAAGUUCCCAGGAUGAAGGCCUUGGAAUAUGCCAAGACCAUAGCCAAACUCCCGGUACAGUCUCAACCGAAACAGAGACAGAAACACCAGUCUGGAGUCUUCACUGAGCACGCUCCAUACUUGGAGGGCCUGGACGACCUCCAGCUGGCCACACUGGAAGUCCUUAGAAAACGGCAUGAAGAAGAAAAGCAGGCGGUGGCGCUCUUCAGAAAACUACAUGCUGUCUGAGACGAGGUGCAAUUCACUUAAACAGUCCAAGGAAGCUGUGCUGUCGUAGAUGUGUGUAGUACACAACAACAUGCUGCCUCAUUAAAUUUGCUAGGACCAGUGUCCCAUCAACAUUCA